AUGUUGAUGACAGUUAAAAAGAUGAGGUGGACAAGCUUGUUAAAACAAGCCCCAAAUCCCUUUCUUCCCCUUGCUAACCUCAUUGUGUUCAUAGGAGAGACUCCAGGCUGGGCAAGAGUUUUUAGUCCAGGACUCUUCAAGGUUACUGAGGAGUACAACAUUCAGCUUCAAGCCAAGAUUCAGGAGAAAAAGCUGGCAAAGAAAACAGCACCAAGGAAACAGAAAAAACUCAAGCAGGAAGAGCUUGACACUGGUGAUAUUCCCCCUCCUCCUCCUCCAACGGCAUUCAUGCAACAUGUCAGCAAGUUUCAAAUUAAGGACAAACCUUGGUAUUAUUUGCCAGCCAAAGUGUCCUGA